GGUUGGUGACUUUACUUCUCUGCCCUUCAGCUGAAGAGGAUGCCAACGAUCCAGAGCCAUUCCUGGAGCUGGAGGAAGAGAUGGAGGAGGCCCCGGCAAGCAACCUGUACUCAGCACCCAACUCCUGCCGCGGCCGCUGCCACGAGUCCUUCGACAAGCACCACCCGUGCCACUGCAAUGCCCGCUGCCCAGAGUUCGGGAACUGCUGCAAGGAUUUCCAGAGCCAGUGUGCCCACGAGAGCUUCUCCCGCAGCAGUGAUGCCAUAACCAAGGAGGAGCUGCAGGCCAUCUCUGAGAAGAUCUACAGGGCGGAUACCAACAAAGCCCAGAAGCAAGACAUCAUUCUCAACAGCCAAAAUUCCAUCGCGCCCUCAGAGACCGGAGACCAAGUGGAGCACUGCCCAGAGCCCCUCUUCACAUACGUCAAUGAGAAGCUGUUCUCCAAGCCAACCUAUGCAGCCUUCAUCAACCUCCUCAACAACUACCAGCGGGCGACAGGCCACGGGGAGCACUUCAGUGCCCAGCAGCUGGCUGAGCAGGACACCUUCCUCAGAGAGGUCAUGAAGACGGCUGUCAUGAAGGAACUCUACAGCUUCCUCCAUCACCAGAACCGCUACAGCUCAGAACAAGAGUUCAUCAAUGACUUGAAGAACAUGUGGUUUGGGCUCUAUUCAAGAAGCAAUGAUGAGGGGGACUCAAGUGGCUUUGAACACGUCUUCUCAGGUGAAGUGAAAAAAGGCAAGGUCACUGGCUUCCAUAACUGGAUCCGCUUCUACAUGCAAGAGAAGGAGGGCCUGGUUGACUAUUACAGUUACAUCUAUGACGGUCCUUGGGAGUCUUACCCCGACGUGUUAGCCAUGCAGUUCAACUGGGACGGCUACUAUAAGGAAGUGGGCUCAGCUUUCAUCGGCAGCAGCCCCGAGUUUGAGUUUGCGCUCUACUCCCUGUGCUUCAUUGCCAGGCCAGGCAAAACGUGCCAGUUAAGCCUGGGUGGACAUCCCUUGGCCAUCCAAACCUACAGCUGGGACAAAUCCACCUAUGGAAAUGGCAAGAAGUACAUAGCCACAGCCUACGUGGUGUCUUCUACCCGGUAGAGCUUGGAGCCAGAAAGGGGCAUAAGGGCAGUGAGAGCUUUUGCAAGACUGAGAUGCUAUCUGCUCUGGGCUGAAGAAAAUGGGGGAGGAUUCCCAAAUCUAGACUUGUCCAUAUAGGAAAGAGAGAAAAGACACAAAGUAGAAAAAUGCAGGGAAACAGUCAAAUCUUUGUCCUCCAGAAUUUUGGAAACAUUAUUCAGACACAGAAGGUGGGGCCCUCCACAGCUCUUUGCCCUAACGGGAGCUGCAACUGUGAACAAGUCCUCGACAUCUCCAGGCCUCAAGUUUCCUUUCAAUGUAAAGGGGGAGGGGCUUGGCACCUUUCCUCAUUUUGGGGUUGAUGAGAGGGUAAACCUGAUGAAUUAUUACUGUGAAAGUGUUAUCAAUUGUUCUUAGGAAGAACAGCUGAUAGAAAUUAAAGAUUACUGUAAUGGCUGUUAUUGCACACAGCUCUGCACAUUGCAAUUCAGCCCUCUGUCGGGGCCUCGAAGAAAUCAGGCCAUGGAAAUCAAGCAUGGGUAUUUGGUCUUUUCUAGGGUUAUAUCCUCUCAGAACAGCCUCUGGGAGAAUUCCAACGCUAGAUGGAGAGGGUAAUGGGUUGACACAGUGAGUAGGCUGGGGGAAUGCACUUCUCCAGGCCUGUUACAGCCAGCUCAGUAACUGCAGAAAGAAUGUUCCUGCUUAUAGCUAUUUAGUGCAGUUACAGAGCUGUAUUUUGAUCCCAAAUAAUUUGUGAAAGAGUUCCCCCAUAGGAGGAUUUUGCAUCAGAAAAAGAAAGGAGCCUAUAGCUUGGUGUCAUGAACAAUUAUUUUAAGGCUUAACCAGCAGCCAUAAUGUGCAUAAACUCUAGAAGGGAAGAUGAGGGAGACUGUGUUUCAAACUCAGUUUUGCAUUUCUCCCCUAAACUCACUGAGAGCCAGACACUGUUCCACAGAGCCAGGCUUGAACCACAGUUUACAGGGUUUGAGUCUUCA